AUGGCCGCCGAUCAGGAUUACAAGGCAACUUUGCUCCCUCUUUUGAUCUCCAACAAUGUCCUGUCCUUCGGCUCCUAUGUUCUGAAAUCGGGUCGCGAGUCGCCCUACUUCUUCACCUCCUCUCUUCUUCACACUGCGCCCCUCCUCCGGGCUACCUCCGCCGCCUACGCAAGCGUCUUGUCUGCCGAGCCGUUCGUCACCACCGCCGCUGAUGGCACCACGAAACCCAACUUCGACAUUAUCUUUGGCCCCGCCUACAAGGGCAUCCCUAUCGCGGCGGCGGUGACGAACGAACUGGCCGUUCGCGACUCCCUUGCCGUGCCUCCCAAGGGAACCUGGGACAACGUCAGCUACUCCUUCAACCGCAAAGAGGCCAAAGCGCACGGCGAGGGAGGCAACAUUGUCGGUGCCCCGCUGAAGGGCAAGCGUGUCGUCAUUGUCGACGACGUGAUCACCGCCGGAACUGCCCUGCGCGAGGCUGUCGGCAUCAUCCAGAAGGAGGGAGGCAUUGUCGCUGGUGUGGUCGUCCUCUUGGACCGGGAGGAGCGGGUCAGCGACUCGGAGACGAAGAGCGCUGUGGGCGUUGCGCAGCGCGAUCUUGGUGACAGCAUUCCCAUCCGCGCCGUCAUCGGUCUGCAUGACCUCAUUGAGAAGCUGGGUGACAAGAUUGGCGAGUCGGAGAUUCAGCGUUUGAAGGACUACCGGGCUCGCUAUGGAGCGGAGUAG